UUCCUGCACGAAUGGGCUCACAAAUAGUUCGGUCAAAAUAUGUAUGAUAGUUUGAGGUAUGAUAGUUUGGUGCUUAUUCUAAGAGUAUAUUUGUUGGUUAAAGGUUAAAUAAAUAGAGGAAGGACCGCAAAUAGAUUUUAUUGUUGACUUUUGUGCUCGAUAUUGAUGUUGAAAGAAAUAAUGCUGAGCUGUUUUUUUUUAAUUAUUAUUAUUUAUAAGGAAUUUGUAGUCCCAUGUCUGGAUUAAAUCCCAAGGACAGUUUGCCUUAAGAUUUAUCUGGCGGGCAGACAUAACACCACGCAGGCAGGUGAAAGCUUGUAGGCUGAGCAGACGAGAGUCAGAGUGGAGGAAAAGGGAUAAAGGGGACAUACGAAAACAGGAUGAGAGUCAGAGUGAGCCAGAACUGAUCCAGUUAUGUAAGGAGGUCUGAGAAUGGAAUAGCAGUUCAAGCUGACUUGUCAUGCAUAACAGGAGCGGAGAAACCCCAGAAAAUGAUGCGACGCAGUUGGCACUCAGUGUGCAUGGAAGGUUGUUGUUCAAGUGCUGACUAACAUGGCACAAAAAGAGAAGCUCCAAUGCUUGAAGGACUUUCACAAGGACACUCUGAAACCUUCGCCAGGGAAGAGCCCAGGCACGCGGCCCGAGGACGAGGCUGAGGGCAAGGUUCCUCAGAGGGAGAAGUGGGCCAGUAAGCUCGACUUUGUCCUGUCUGUGGCCGGAGGCUUCGUCGGAUUAGGAAACGUCUGGCGCUUUCCUUACCUUUGUUAUAAAAAUGGUGGAGGUGCGUUUCUCAUCCCUUACUUCAUCUUCCUGUUUGGGGGUGGCCUGCCUGUGUUCUUCCUGGAGGUUGCACUGGGCCAGUACACCUCUGAAGGAGGGAUCACCUGCUGGGCCAAGCUCUGCCCCAUCUUCACAGGUAUUGGCUAUGCCUCUAUUGUGAUCGUAUCUCUACUGAACAUCUACUACAUCGUGAUCUUGGCCUGGGGACUCUACUACCUGUUUCAGUGCUUUCAGCCGGAGCUCCCCUGGGCAAAAUGCAAGCAGCCGUGGAACACAGAAUACUGUGUAGAGGACACAGUCCGCAAGAACAAGACCCUGUGGCUAGCUGCCAACAUUACCAACUUUACCUCCCCCGUCACUGAGUUCUGGGAACGAAACGUCUUGAGCAUCUCCUCUGGGAUUGAGGACAUAGGGCCCCUGAAGUGGGACCUGGCCCUGUGUCUCCUAGCAGUGUGGGUUAUCUGUUUCUUCUGCAUCUGGAAGGGAGUCAAGUCCACUGGGAAAGUGGUGUACAUCACGGCAACUUUCCCAUUUGUGAUGCUGAUUGUGCUGCUGGUGCGUGGAGUGACCCUGCCCGGAGCAGCCGAAGGGAUCAAAUUUUACCUUUACCCUGACUUGACCCGCCUAAAAGACCCAGAGGUGUGGAUUGAUGCGGGAACCCAGAUUUUCUUCUCCUAUGCCAUUUGCCUGGGAGCCAUGACGUCACUGGGAAGCUACAACAAAUACAAAUACAACUGCUACAGGGACUGUUUGCUGCUGGGAGGCCUCAACAGCGGUACCAGUUUUGUGUCUGGCUUCGCAAUAUUUUCCGUCCUGGGCUUCAUGGCACAAGAACAAGGGGUGGACAUUGCCGAUGUGGCAGAGUCAGGUCCUGGUUUGGCCUUCAUCGCCUACCCUAAAGCUGUGUCCAUGAUGCCACUGCCAACCCUCUGGGCCAUCCUCUUCUUCAUCAUGCUGCUGCUUCUCGGCCUCGACAGCCAGUUUGUUGAAGUGGAAGGACAGAUCACCUCUAUUGUGGAUCUAUAUCCAUCCAUCCUCAGGAAGGGUUACCGACGAGAGAUUUUUAUAGCUGUGAUGUGUUUCAUGAGCUAUCUCCUGGGACUCGCAAUGGUAACGAAAGGUGGCAUGUAUGUGUUUCAACUCUUUGACUACUAUGCAGCCAGUGGUGUGUGCCUUUUGUGGGUUGCAUUCUUUGAAUGCAUUGCUGUAGCCUGGGUAUAUGGAGUUGACAAUUUCUAUGAUGGAGUCGAGGAUAUGAUUGGCUACAGACCAAACCCAUGGAUGAAAUGGAGCUGGACCAUAAUCACUCCUGUCCUCUGCAUGGGCUGCUUUGUCUUCUCCCUGGUUAAGUACAAGCCCUUGACCUAUAACAAGGUGUAUGAGUACCCGGACUGGGCCAUCGGGCUGGGCUGGUGCUUGGCCCUGUCAUCCAUGAUCUGCAUCCCCAUGGUGAUGGUCAUCAAGAUCUUACAGUCUGAGGGACCCCUGAUCGAGAGGAUCAAAGCUGUGGCAGCCCCCGCGAAGUCAGGCGUCAGUUCUCGUCCGAAAGAGUACAGCUUGAAAGGCAGCGAGCUGACACAGCCCCUGGACCCAAAUGGGAACAACGGCUUGAUCAAGCCCACCCACACCAUUGUAGAAACAACGAUGUGAGCGCUCUCUGUGAGAGGCAUAUGAUUGAUGUGCUUUCUGUGUUAUUAUAAUAUUUGCUAACAUCGGUAAUGGUAGAUUUACAUUGUUCAGUAUAUUCACGUUAGAGAUUCUCUGGUUUGAUUUCUAUGACGAGAGUUAUAUAUUACUGUUGUAAUUUUUUUUUCUCUUGUAAUUUUUUUUUUAUUUUUUACUAUAUCAAUAUUGUUGAUGUUACAAUUGUUGUCGCUGUAGUUAGCAGUGAUCUCAGUUUAGGCAGUAUUUUGAGAUGGAAGACGGGGGUAUACCAUGAAGGAAGUGUGACAUAGCUGGGCUUUUUUUUUUUUUUUAACGUGAGCCUCCCUGACAAAACAUAAAACUCCAGUCAGAAAUAACAGUCUUUAUCAACCUUCUUUGUUAAUCCAGGCUUUCAGUUUCAGGCUGUGUGCCAUUCCCAGAAAAAGGGAAAUUUUCAGCAUCAUUAGACUUUGCACAAAAAGGACAGAUUGCGUAAAUAAGGCAAGAAGAAGAAUGCUGGCGGAAAAUUGCUUGUGUAAACUCGUAAAUUAAGUAUUUAUUUUACCACUCAGCGCACACUUAAUGCCUCCUAUUUGUUCAUAACAGCUGCGUGUUGCGGAGCUGUUGAACUUGAUAAAGACACUGUACCAUGUUGAAGGAUAUACAGAAAUCGCUUAAAGUUUUCAGCUGAAACAAAGUUAAUUUUGAAAACAUCAACAACAACAACAAUGAAAACAUCAUCCAAGCCCGUUUAAAAGAGAGCCAGCUUCCUUCCCGUGACAACCCUGGCUGUAGGCUCAGUCUCCCUUGCUAAGUCAUUAAUCUUACUUCAUUGUACACCUCUUAUGUUCAAUGUUUACUACAUUUCUGUCGAUUGGGGAGAGUUGAGGAAUUUGCUUUUUUUUUUUUUUGGUGUAAUAGAAGUUAAAAAAUAAAAUUCUCACUUUACAUAAAAUGAAUGAGUAAUUAACCACGUAAAAGGUAGAACACAUUUAAACCUCUGUACUUGAGCGUGGCAGUCUUGUCGCCCGAGCUAACUUUCUAAUGUCUUCGCCGUUACUGUUCAACCCUGCAGUGAAAAUGAAUGUACCAGGAGCCGUCCACAUCUAUCAGAGUACAUAUCUGUGACAUGUUAAGUGGCAAUAUGGAGUGCAUUGAGCUGAUCUUGCUUGCCGUCUUUUAAGUUACAAGUUGAACAAGGCCUUGGCCAAAUACUGUGAGAAAUGCAUUAAUAAGAAGAUCCAUCUUCAAAAGCAGUCGAGACAAAAUAAUGAAAGAGAAGAACAGCUAAGGAAAAUGAAGUUAGGAGAAAAGGGAAGUGGCAUUUUUAGAGUAUUCGUACACUGCCUGUGUGACUACUAUAGUCAGUCCCAGUGCAUUUAUUGAAACCGCUCUUUGCACUUUAUAUGUCCUUUCACCUUUAUUGUAGUAUUUGUUUUUAUUGUUGCAAGGUACUGCAGUUACAUUUGCAACACAUAUCAGGAGGAAAUAUUUUUAGCUUCUAACUUUUUGAUAUUUUAAACUUUGAUAUAUACAUUAUUUGUUGUCUCCUUGCUAAGACAAUGACAAAAUAGACUAGAAAUCUGACAUCAAACUUUCUGAUUCAUAAUUAUUCAUGCGAUCUGUGAGAACAUCUCUUAAAAAGUAAAAUCAUAACCUCUUUCUAAACAUCCCAACAUCUCUCUACAUUGUGCUCCUUUCGGUGGCAGACGUGUUCUGCAGAACUACUACUGGGUUCUAGUUUCUAAUGUUCACUUUAGGCAUUUUUAUUGUAGAACUUGAAUUGUUUGUACAUCACAUAUGCCUUUUUGUAACAAUUUUAUACUGUACAUCAUAUGAACACCACUGAUUGAUUAAUUUUAAGGCAAACUCAGAAAUUUAUUUUCUAAAUGUCGGUUACAUUGUGAGCCUGGAUUACAUUUUUCAGUGUGCAAUAUUGAAGCAAUAGCAUUCUCUGCUUGUUCAAAAUGCACCGUCAAAUUUAAAAUAAUUAUGAAGUUCAAUAAUGCAACAACUCGCACAGUUAAAUGCAGAAUCUGAGGAAGCAGUAAUCCUGAAGCAAGUACUCUGCUGCUUUGUCUGAAAAAAAUCUUGUGCUACUUGGAGAUUCAAGUGUACCAAAGUUGUUUUUUUUUUUCUUUUUUUUUUUUGUCUCACAGUUUUCCCCUUCGAGAUGCAUAUUGCAUCAUUUCUAUGUAGAUUACAAAUAAACAUCUUUUUCUUUGGAA